AUUCAAGUGGUGUGGUGGUGUCUUUAGUGUUAGAAUGAAUAAUUGUUAAUACGACUUCAUAAAGUUACAACUAUCUACCUGUAUUCAUGCUUAAAUUAAAAUACCAGUGCCAUAAAAAACAAAAUGAGUUUCUCAAAUGAAAGUAAUUGGACAUCAUUAAAUGAAUUUUGUGGCUCCCCGUUUUGGGAUACCAACUUAUCAUGGAACUCAGAUUCUCCACAAUUAACGCCAUGUUUUGAAAAGACUGCUUUUGUUUGGUUACCCGCUUUAUUCCUGUGGGUUUUUUCUUGUAUUGAUAUAUUUUUAACAUUUAGUAGCAAAGCAAGAAAUAUUCCAUGGAAUUGUAAAAAUUUAGGAAGAUUGGUUGUCCUUGGAUUGCUGAUCACGUUAUGUGUAAUCGAAUUUAUUUAUAAUGUUAGCAGAACCGAUGAAGUUUUCCCUGUUGAUAUAUAUACGCCUUUAAUCAAAUUAAUUUGUUUGGGUUUAUGCAUAACAUUAGUAAUUUAUCACAGGAUAUAUGGACAGCGAGUUUCAGGUCUCAUGUUUUUGUAUUGGUUACUUGUGGUAUUUAUGGGAUUUUCACAGUUUUACAAUGAUAUCUGGAGACACCUUUCAAGUGAAGAAACGGAAUCAAGAAGAAUUUUUUCUAUGCUUUAUUAUUCUUUAUGCUUCAUAAUGUUCAUCAUGUAUUGGUUAGUUGAUUCUCCACCGGAAAAGUCAGAACACCCUAAAAUGAAGAAUCCAAAUCCAGAAGAUGAUGCAUCGAUUCCUUCUAGAUGGACAUUUUCUUGGUUUAAUGGUCUUAUAAUGAAAGGGUUCAAACAACCACUCACAAACGAUGACCUUUGGUCGAUGAAUCACAAGGAUAGUGCUGCACAACUUUAUCAAGUCUUCAAUAGAUAUUGGAAUAAAAUUUAUAAAAAUAAGAUUUACGAACAAGAAGCUACAGAAUUUAUGAAGCAGUCUAAUUCUGUGGAUUUUAACGGACCCAAAGAAUUCAAAUCAGACCCAGUCUCAGUCGUACCUGCUCUAUCUAAAGCCUUCGGUGCAGUAUUUUUAUUUGCAACAUUUCUACAACUCAUAGAUGUCAUCCUGACCUUUACCAGUCCACAGCUUUUAAAGAUGGUUAUAAACUUUGUGUCUUCCGAUGAGCCAAAAUGGCAUGGUUAUUUCUACGCAGGCCUUCUUCUUUUUUUUACUUCUGUGCAAAGUUUGAUUCAGUCACAAUACAAUAACAAAAUUUCAAUGGUUGGUCUUCGCAUGAGGACAUCCAUCAUGACUGCAGUUUACAGAAAGGCUUUGAAACUGUCCAGCUCAGCAAGAAAAUAUUCCACAUUAGGUGAAAUCGUUAACUUAAUGGCAGUCGAUUCUCAAACAUUUAUGAACGUGAUGCCCCAUUUAAAUACCCUCUGGUCUGCACCUCUUCAAAUUGCAUUAUCAUUAGUUUUUCUAUGGCAGCAAUUAGGACCUAGUGUACUCGUGGGCUUAGGUGUUAUGCUGAUUAUGAUUCCUGCCAAUGCUUUUUUUGCCAACGUAACAAAGAACUUACAAGUUAAACAAAUGAAAUACAAAGAUGAGAGAGUUAAAACUACUAAUGAAGUUCUUUCUGGAAUGAAGGUGUUGAAACUAUACGCUUGGGAACCGAGCUUUGAAGACGAUGUUCUUAAGAUAAGAGCAAAAGAGGCAAAAGUUUUAAGAAAGGCAGCUUACCUUAGGGCAGGCAUAUCAUUCAUUUGGACCUGUGCUCCAUUUUUGGUCUCACUUCUUACAUUCAUGACUUAUGUCCUCAUAGAUGAGAAUAAUGUUUUAGAUUCGGCUAAGGUUUUCGUGUCUCUGUCUCUUUUUAACAUAUUGAAAACUCCUCUUGCAAUGGUUCCAGUAAUGAUUUCGAGUAUGGUUCAGGCUGCAGUAUCAAUAAAAAGGAUAAACAAAUUUUUGAAUAGUGAGGAAUUGGACUUAAAAAUAAUAUCCCAUGAUGAUAAAGAAGAUGACCCAUUAGUGAUAGAAAAGGGUACCUUCUCAUGGGGGGCUGCCGAAAAACCAACUCUUCGAAACCUAAACUUAAGAGUUAAACCUGGCUCUCUAGUUGCGGUAGUUGGUGCUGUCGGUUCGGGCAAGUCUUCAUUCCUUUCAGCCUUGCUAGGAGAGAUGCACAAAGUGUCUGGAAAAGUCAACACAAAAGGUUCUAUUGCUUAUGUGCCUCAGCUUGCAUGGAUUCAGAAUUGUACCCUUCAAGACAACAUAUUAUUUGGAAUGAAUCUUGAUCAUAAGAGGUACUAUAAAGUUAUUGAGGCUUGUGCUCUCAAAGCAGAUCUGCAAAUGCUUCCUGGAGGUGAUCAAACCGAAAUAGGGGAAAGAGGUAUCAACGUGAGUGGUGGACAAAAGCAAAGAAUCAGCCUGGCGAGAGCUGUCUAUUCAGAUUGUGAUGUCUACUUCUUAGACGAUCCUCUCAGCGCAGUGGACAGCCAUGUUGGCAAACAUAUAUUUGAGAAUGUUAUUAGUUCAACAGGAGUUCUUAAAAAAAAAACAAGAGUGCUUGUGACCCAUGGAAUAACAUUCUUACCUGAGGUAGAUCUGAUAGUUGUUCUGAGCAAUGGUGAGAUAUCAGAAGUAGGAACGUACCGUGAAUUACUGGAUAAAAAAGGAGCAUUCAGUGAAUUUCUUGUAACACAUUUAAAAGAUGUCCCGGAAGAAGAACUAGAAGAAUUGGAUCCAACUAUGAGAGAAGAUAUUAUCAAGAGCAAUCCUGAACUCCAUCGUCAGCUCAGUCGUAGUCGCUCAAUUAGAUCAAUAUCCAGUUCAAAUACCUCCCUUUGCUCUACAAAAAACAGCGUGAAUUAUUCCAAAUUAUCUCAAAGAAGUUUAAAUGAAAAGCCAAAGAAGGACAAACUUAUUGUAGAAGAAAAAUCUGAAGAAGGGAGGGUAAAAUGGAGUGUGUAUUCGAAUUACUUCCAAGCUGUUGGAUGGUUCAUGUUUUUUACUACAGCUAUUCUAUCCGGUGUCAAUCAGGGUAUGUUUAUAGGAUCCAACGUAUGGCUUUCUACAUGGAGUGAUGACCAUGACACUGUUGUUAAUGGUAGCCAGGAUGUCAACAAGAGGAACAUGUAUUUGGGUGUUUACAGUCUUUUUGGUGUCGGCCAAACUAUUGCAACAUUCUUCUGUUCCCUCGCUUGGUAUAUGGGUUGUGUUAAUGCUGGAAUAUUGUUGCAUCAUAUAUUGUUAUUGAAUAUCAUGCGUUCUCCGAUGUCGUUUUUUGAUACUACACCACAAGGAAGAAUACUCAACCGUUUCUCAAAAGAGAUAGAUGUACUAGAUAAUUUGAUACCUUUGGUUAUGAAACAGGUUUUCUCUUUUCUUUCGCCGGUCAUUGGAACUUUUAUUGUCAUCUGCUACUCGACACCAAUAUUUACGUUUUUGAUUUUACCAGUUGGAAUUCUCUAUUAUUUCUUACAGAAAUUUUAUAUUGCUACAUCCCAGCAGUUAAGAAGAAUAGAAUCUGUCUCAAGGUCACCAGUUUUUUCACAUUUUAGUGAAAGUAUUUCAGGAGCUCCUGUCAUUAGGGCCUAUUGCGUUCAGGGAAGAUUCAUAAAAGAAUCUGAACUCAAAAUUGACGAAAACCAAAUUUCGACUUAUUCAGGAAUAAUCGCCAGUAGGUGGCUUGCAGUGAGGCUACAGAUGAUUGGAAACCUCAUAAUUUUCUUCGCAACAGUUUUUGCUGUACUUGGAAAAGAUUCUUUAAGUCCAGGAAUAGUGGGGCUCUCUGUCAGUUACACAUUGCAGAUAACAGGAGCCCUAAACGCUUUAGUCAACAUGACCGCAGAAGUUGAAAAUAAUAUUGUAGCAGUUGAGAGAAUCAAGGAAUAUACUGAAACACCCCAGGAAGCAGCUUGGGAAAUCAUCCCUAGUCUGGUAGGAUCAGAUUGGCCUCAAGAAGGUAAAGUUGAAUUCAUCGAUUACAAAGUGAGGUAUCGGGAAGGACUGGACUUAGUACUUAGAGGAAUCAAUUUGGCUAUCAAAGGUGGUGAAAAGAUUGGUAUUGUGGGUCGUACUGGUGCUGGCAAAUCAUCGAUAACACUUUGUUUAUUCCGAAUAAUUGAAUCCGCUGGAGGGAAGAUUCUCAUUGACGGGAUUGAUAUUUCUAAACUGGGACUGCAUGCUUUAAGAUCCAGACUUACUAUCAUUCCUCAGGAUCCCGUCCUGUUUUCUGGAAGUUUACGUAUGAAUCUUGACCCUUUUGGUUGCUACAGUGAUGAACAAGUCUGGAGAGCUCUAGAACUUGCACAUCUCAAACCAUUUGUUAAAGGAUUGCCUGCGGGUUUACAGUAUGAAGUAACUGAAGGUGGUGAGAAUAUAAGUGUGGGGCAAAGACAACUUAUUUGCCUUGCUCGAGCUCUCCUCCGUAAAACUAAGAUCUUGAUCUUGGACGAAGCUACGGCAGCAGUCGACCUGGAAACUGACGACUUCAUUCAGAAGACGAUCAGAUCUGAGUUUUAUGAUUGCACAGUGCUAACGAUAGCACAUAGAAUUAAUACAAUUAUGGAUUCUGACAGAGUGCUGGUUCUAGACCAGGGUCAAGUUGUGGAGUUCGACGGCCCAAAUGAACUUCUCAGAAAUAGAACUUCAGUUUUCCAUGGCAUGGCUCACGAUGCAGGGCUUGUGUGAAAAGUUGUGGAAGCCAUUUUUCAACCUUGUUUUUGUCAAGGUUACUGUUUAUUUAUUUUAUUAUUUUUUUAAAUCGCUUAAAAUGGUCCAUUUGAUCAGCGAUAGGUGCUCGCAACUAAGUAAUCCCUGUGAUUGUCUAUGUUUUUAAUUAUAUUUGUCUUUUUUUUAUAGUAGAAAGUUGUAGAUAGAAUAUAUAUAUUCUUCUCUAAAAUAUUUUUAGAGAAUAUAAAAGUAUUAAAAGCUAAUCUGUGUUAAUCCUUUCGUGAUGAUUGCUUUAAGUGAUGUUGAACAUGUUAUUGUUUAUAUUUAUGCAUAAUCAAAGUUCCUUGUAAAAUAAUAGGAUUAUUUUGUUACUUAAAAGGCAAAUGAUAUUUAAUAUAAAUUACCAGUGUUAUCAAAUAAUUUUAUUGAAGUACUUAUUGUUAUCAGAUACUUAGUGUUGAAUAAUUUCGUUAAGUACUUAUAAGUGUCCAUUGUUCUAGAAAAAUAAAUUAUUUAUUUUUUAAAUAAUGAAAAAAUUAUUCAAUUAUGUAUAAAUAAUUAUACAUAAGAUCAUUAGUAUAUUUUUAUAAAUUAAAAUAAUUUAUAAUGUAACUAUUACAAAACAUUAAGGAAAUGUCUUCUUAAACAUUAUCAGACGACCAUAGGAAAAAAAAAAGUGAGCUUUAAUGUGGCCAUUUUAUACUGUAAUUUUUUGUAUACGUUUUAACAUCACUGCCCAAAAUAAUGGUUUAAAAGCAUUAAUUUUGUACAAAUAAAUAGUAUUAAUUUUGUACUAAAGAAUAUAUUUAUUUCUUCCACAUAUUUAAUCAAAAAAAAUUACAGGGUCCAUUGCUUGAAAGUAAUUCUUCAUAAAAUGAAGAAUUGUUCAGAAGUGUAUAAUUUGUAUAUGAUAUAUUUUAUGAAAUGUCCUCUUCUUUUAAUAAAAAUAAAUGAAUAAUUUUAUACGUUAUA